AUGUUAUAUUUCGCUUCAUACACCUCCUCUACCUCUAAGGGCUGGGUGCGUAUUAUGAGACGUGGUGAGGGAACUGGUGGUCCCUCUUUAAUAUACGAAGGCAAGGAUGCCUUAUUAACCUGCGUUGUGUCUGAAAAUCGUAGUAACAAUACUGUGAUAUGGAAAAAAUUAGAUGAAAUUCUUACCGCUGGUAAGGUAAGAGUUACCAGUGAUCUACGUAUAAGUGUUUUGCAUGAUGAAAGUCCCAAAGGUAGAAUAGAAACUGGCGGAGAAGUGUGGGUCUUGUUAAUAAAGAAACUAAAGCCCUCAGAUUCAGGCAGCUAUAUAUGCGAAUUGAAUUCUGAGCCGGUACUACGUAGUAUACAUAUAUUAACUGUUAAGCCUUUACCUUCAAAGCAUAAUAACAACAAUAAUAGUACAUAUAGUGACAGCAGUAGUAAUAGAGAUUCAGCUGCUAGCGAAUCAAGUGAUGUAUUUUUAGUGCCUCCCCCUCUGGAUGCCAACGAUAAUCGUUCGUUUUGGCGCACUGGCUCAGUGGCACCGCAAAUAACACACGAUUUCACCGAAUGCUGUGAACGUGCCAACGUCAGCCAAGGCUGUAUGGGUUUCUGUAAUGUUCACAACAUUCUUGAUGGGACGACAGGCAUUGAGCCAGAGGCUUGUGAAAAAGAUUUUCCACAAAUCGUACGAUGCAUGGCCGAUGGCCGCAAUCAUGUGCCCUGUUGUGUAGAAAAACAAAUACCUGACUUGUGUCAGGACAUGUGUCGUGGUGAGUACACACCUUUUACCGAUAUGCUGCGUACGCGAGUCUCCUGUGUCCAUCAUACGCUGAGUGGUUUGCAGUGUAUAUUACAAGGAGUGCAACAGAUACCCAGCAGUCCAUUAAAUGUGGCAGCUGAUGAGGUUAGCGAAACGCGUGUCAUCAUUAGUUGGUCGCCGCCUGAAAAGUUGGCCCACUUAGUUAAACAUUACAAUGUCAAUUUAACAGCUUUGCAUUCAUUCGAUGAAGAUGAGGGUGAUGAGGGCGCCGAUGAUGAUGAUGGUGAUGCUGGCACCAUUAGAAAAGAAGAUGAAAAUGUUAUUAUACGCUUGGUAUCAGGAAAUGAUACGUCAAUAACCAUUAAUGACUUGAAACCAUUAACAAUGUAUGCCAUUCUAGUUACGGCAGUAAAUGACUAUGGCAGCAGUUUACCCAGUGAACGUUUGCGUAUUUUUACACAUACCAGUGCCUUGGCUACAGAGGAGAAAUCGGGUCCCUCUAAUAAAAUGGAUGUACCAGAUCUACCCGAUAUACGUUCGUGUUGUGAAACGAAUGGUAUGACACAUCGUAUGUGUUUGGAUAAAAUGUGCGAUCCUCAGAAGACAGAUUUAGCGACACUGCCUGAUUUUAUGGUAUGCGCUCCCUGGUCUAAUAUCACCUUUAAUUGUUUGGCCAAUAAUAUAGAUCAUACGCCCUGUUGUCGAGCCCGAGGUAUACCCACCGUGUGUUAUCCUUUGUGUUCGGGCAAAGUUUCGACGUUGGAUUUUAAUUUGUUUAAGUGUUUACGCUUUAUGUCGGAAUUUAGCAGUUGCUUGUUCCAAGGUUAUGGUGUUUUGGCCGAUCCUCCCAGUAAGUUGCAUACAGUGGCUAAAACCGAUUCUUUUGUGAUUUUGGAUUGGAAUAAACCUAAACGACUGGCUGAUACUAUUAGCACGUUCCACGUUAAGUUCCGACGAUUAGGAGUCGGUGAUGAUUAUUUGACAGUGGAAAAGGUGAACUUAAAGUUGUACUUACCAAUUGGUGUACCGGAAUUAACUGUUGAUAGUAAACAUGUUGAUGUUGUUAAUACCAGCAGCAAUUUUAACAUUAUGACAUUCGUCACAAGCGAAUUAAUAACAAAUGAAACAUCGAUUGAUUUGAUAAAUUUGGAGCCACAUGCCUUGUAUCGCAUCAUGGUAUUGACACGCGGUAAAUUUGGCACAUCAUUGCCAUCAUCCAUGUUGUUGAUCAAUACAACUGAAAUUAACAACAGCAGUAGCAGCAAUAGUGAUGGAAAUACUGAAAAAGUUGAUCAACAACAGUCAAAACAUAUUUAUGGUGCUCCCUCACCGCCGCAUUCAUUGGCUAUUAUUGCUCACAGUGCCACUUGGAUGCAAUUGACAUGGCAACCACCAGAAUAUUCACAUCCCCAUGAGAAAAUUACCUACAGAGUCUAUCACAAGCCCAUGAAAUCCGAUAAAUUUAAUAAAAUCGAAACUAAAGUAGCAUGGUUGCGCAUGAACAAUUUGAAGCCCAGUUCCCAGCAUAUACUCUAUGUUGAAGCAGUGGGUGAAAAAGCCACCUCCUUACCCUCUGAAACCUUAGUGGCCUGGACUGAUCCAGCUCUGCCAGCAUUUGUGGAUCCACCCACUGUUCAUCCUGCCGACAAUAUACCCGAGGGAGGUUCUAUGACUAUUUUAUGCUUGGCUUUAGGUAAUCCAGCUCCUACCAUUUCUUUAUAUGUGGGAGGUCAUUUAGUGCGUCAAGAUACCUCCAGACAUAUGGUCACUGUUAUACAUAAUGUUACAGCUGAUAUGGAACAUGUUUCCUGUUAUGCAGACAAUGGUUAUGGUGUACCCAUGCAAGCCACCAGAAGAGUUAAUAUAUGCUAUCCCCCAAAAAUCCAGGCGGCCGGCAUUACUGUAGCCGCCGUAGGCGAUGAAGUGGAACUUCGUUGUAUGGUCGAUUCUAAACCUGCUCCCAAAACCAUAUUCUGGCGUGAUCAUGAUGGCCGUAUCCCAGUUAUACAAGGUGGUAAUUAUGACAUAGCCAUGCGUACCAAUGAAUCUCGUCCUACAUUCUAUACCAUGGCUUUACGUAUCAAUAAACUUCAAGCCUCCGAUGUAGGAGACUAUUUCUGUCAUGCCGAGAACCCCUUCGGUUCAGCCACUAUACCAGUGUCUGUGCGUAUACGCAACACACCUGCCCUCAAUCAUAAUGUAACACAAUGUUGUGCCGAUAUGAAUGUCACAAUGGCUUGUCGCAGUGCCUGUAGUUAUUAUGUCGAUAUAGAUGCCAUAGCCGAUAAACCGGAAUGUAUAACAGAAUUUGAUAAACUAAUGAAAUGUGCUGCAGAUGGUUCAGAUCAUCGCACCUGUUGUGCGGAUUCUCAUGUACCACGCAAAUGUUUGAAUUGGUGUCGUGGCGAGGCUGUGCGUUCGAAAGAGAUUUGUAGUUUACAAUAUGCUAGAACUAUAGUGGGUUGUUUUGAGUCAUAUCGUGAUCGUUUACCGGGACCACCGGAAAAUAUAGCUGUUAGCGUGAUAUCGGAUAGUGAGGUGGUGAUAAGAUGGGAUCCACCCACCAAAAAUCCCAAUGUUGUAGAUGGUUAUCGAAUAUUUUACCAUGAAGCUGCCAUAAUCGGCAACGAAAUAGCACAGAGUGAAACAAUGACUGGCGGUGCUUUGGCAGCAGGAGGUCCUUUAGAAGUCUCCUCAACAGCACCAUCUAAUAUUAUGCUCAACAAUAAUAAUAAUGCAACAAGCAUGCAAAUGGCUGGUAACAACAAUACCACGACAAGCAUAAGCAGCAGUGAGGUAAGACGUAUUGAUGUCAAGGAAACCAGUGUAAAUAUAGAUGGUCUCAAAAAGGAUGUCUUAUAUGAGUUGGUUGUUAAGGCUGGCAAUUCGUAUGGUGCCAGUGUUUUAACUGAACCGAUAAAAUUCACACUUGGCGAACAUCAUGUUACAUCGGCGACAACAACAUAUUCACAUGCGGUGGGUACGAUAAGCGGUAUUGUUGCAAGUAUUUUAGCUGUUUUACUAGCAGCUGCUGCCAUUAUAUUCUAUAGACGCCAUAGAGCAAAUGGUAAGGCAGCCACAGGAGUGGCAUUUGAAAAUCCCACAUAUACAAGAGGUUUAGAACAAGUGCAGUUACCUACUGUGACAUCUGCCUUAACGCAUACAACCAAUAUGAAUGGUGGAAAUUUUACAACAAGAACGCCUGCCUCAACACAUGCCACAACGACAGUGUCUUCAGCGGCUCUGCCAGCCGCAACGACAUUAAGACCCUCUAUGACAUCAAAAGUGGGGAACAAUUCAACAAUGACAACAGCAUCAGCAGCAGCAGCACAAUACCAACCUAAAGGAACAACAGUUAAAACCUCAAACCUGGAUGGCAUCGAUGCGCAUACACAAUGCAACGAAAUAAAUCCCACAAUUUAUGAAGAGCUCAAACUUGGCCAAGAAGGUGCGGGAUUUAAAAAGCUUGUGCCAUAAAGAGUGAAAACAAAGUAGCAGCUACAAACUCACUAUUUUUAUGUUCGCUCCCUUAAAUUCCCGUUUUGCUUUAGUAUUUCUCUGUUUUCUUUUUUCAUUCUCGCUUAAAGACAGUUUUCUGCCACAUACUCGUACGUAUUUAUAGGAGUAAUAUCUUAAUAGUUAAACACAUAUUUUGCUAGCAGAUACAUACAUAUAACCCAGCAAACAUAGAAAGUGAUUAAACGUGAAAAGCUUUAUUAACUUAAUGGUUAAGUUUUCUUAAAAUAUUUUACCUUAAAAAAAAAAAAACAAAACUGUACGAAAGCUUUUUUUAAUAAAUCUCAAACUUUUUUCAUGAACUUGAAAUUUCUCAAGCUUUAAAGCUUUCUUUAAAAUAUUUUGAAACUUAAGAACUUAAACUUUCUCAAGCUUUAAAAGCUUUUUUAAUAAAUUAGUUAAGGCUUUAUCUAAAACACUGUGAAACGAAACAUUAGCUUCCUUCAGCUUUAAAAGCUUUCUCAAUCAAUAAUCUAAGAAAUGAAAGUAACUUCUUUAAGCUUUUUUAAAGCUUUACAAUUUGGAUUAAAUUGAUGUGUAAUUGUACUCCAAAAAGAAUAAAGACGUUAUUCCAUAAAUUAAUGGCAACUUUUUGCAAACUUUUAAAACGCUUUUAAGCUUUUUUAAUAAAUAACGGAAAACUUUUCCAAAACUUUAUUUUAUAGAGAUUUUUAGUAUAAAUUUCUAUUGAUUACCUUUAAGUUUCCUGGGUUAUUAACCUACGACUGAAACUGAUGAUUAUGAGAAAAAUAUAAGAAAAAAACUGCAAAACAAAUCAUUGACUUAAACUUAAAGAAAAUGCCAAAAACAUUUUGCAACGACAACAAACUUCUCUUUUUAUAUAAAAGUAUCUAGCAGUAUCUUGUAGUUAAAACUGUGUAAGUCUUUGUAUGUAGUCUGUAUGUGUAAGUAAAAUUUUAUGUGUAAAAUUGAGUAUGUGUUUCUGUAACUGUGUUAAAGAUCUAACAACUUCCGUUUGUUAAAAAGACAAAAUAACAAAAUAAAGUCAAGCAUAACCGGUAUUCUUCUUUCUAUUUGAAAAUCGUAUGCUCUGUAAAGUCUUGUAUUUUAUGUAAUUUUUACUUUUUUUUUGGCUAGAACUCAUCUUAAACAAAAUAAAAAAAAAACUGAAAAAGAAAAACAGUUUAAGUAAACAACACAAAAUAUAAUAAUUUAAACAUUUGUAUGUGUAUGAUGCCUUCUUAGCAUUAGUGUUAAAUAUAUAUAGAAAUAAAAUAUAUUUUUAUUUAGCUCUUCCUUUCUCAAAAACCUUCAGCCCUUAAAAUGGUUUAAGGUAUUGGGUAAGAGAGCAUAAAAAUAACAAUAGAAUAACACAAUAUAUACAAAAUAUAUAA